UUCCUCAUUUUAGCUGCAUUGUAUGCCCGAUGCUACUCUCAUGGGUCUCAAGAAUCGGAUGAAGAAUUCGAUGCUCGCUGGGUGACAUACUUCAACAAGCCAGAUAUCGAUGCUUGGGAGCUAAGGAAAGGCAUAAAUACACUUGUGGGUUAUGACCUGGUGCCGGAACCAAAAAUCAUUGAUGCAGCUCUGAGAGCUUGCAGACGGUUAAACGACUUUGCCAGUGCAGUCCGCAUCCUAGAAGUUGUAAAGGACAAGGCAGGACCUCACAAGGAAAUCUACCCUUAUGUCAUCCAGGAACUUAGACCAACUUUGAGUGAACUGGGAAUAUCUACUCCAGAGGAACUGGGCCUAGACAAAGCAUAAACCUUACUGGUGGAUUACCUGUGCAUUUUACUGAUGCUGUCUGAUUGUACACAGUCAUCUGGAGACACAAAUGUUAAAAUAUUACCUUAUUUGAAAUAACUUUUCUUCCUUUAUUGAGUCACAAUGUAUGUGAUCUGAAGUUGGACCUAAUAAAGGAAAAACUGUUUUGACU